UGACGCAUCACCGCUCAGCCUGAGGUUUUUACUGCCUAGUGCCUAAGCAGCGACGGUAGUUUUUUAUUUACAUGAGCAGAAAAUCAUAAAGCGUGUUUCUUGCGAUUUGAGUUGACCGACAAACGCACACAAGCGCAGGCUGAUCAUGGAGUCGUAUGACAUUAUAGCCAACCAGCCGGUUGUAAUUGAUAAUGGUUCUGGUGUUAUCAAAGCUGGCUUUGCUGGAGAUCAGAUUCCCAAAUACUGCUUCCCGAAUUAUGUGGGACGACCCAAACAUGUUCGGGUGAUGGCUGGUGCGCUUGAGGGUGAUAUGUUUAUCGGACCUAAAGCGGAGGAGCACAGGGGGCUUCUGUCUGUACGCUAUCCUAUGGAACACGGAAUUGUGAAAGACUGGAAUGACAUGGAGCGCAUCUGGCAGUAUGUCUACUCGAAGGAACAGCUGCAGACCUUCUCAGAGGAGCAUCCUGUACUACUGACCGAGGCACCCUUGAACCCCAGUAAAAACAGAGAAAGGGCGGCAGAGGUUUUCUUCGAGACUUUCAACGUUCCAGCGCUGUUUAUCUCCAUGCAGGCAGUGCUCAGUUUAUAUGCCACAGGCCGAACCACAGGUGUGGUCCUAGAUGCUGGUGAUGGGGUGACACACGCCGUCCCCAUAUAUGAAGGAUUCGCUAUCCCCCAUUCCAUCAUGCGCGUGGACAUCGCCGGGCGUGACGUCUCUCGAUACCUCCGCCUGCUCCUGCGCAAGGAAGGCUACGAUUUCCACACCUCAGCGGAGUUCGAGGUUGUGCGCACCAUCAAGGAGAGAGCCUGCUACCUUUCCCUCAACCCCCAGAAAGAUGAAACUCUAGAAACUGAGAAAGCACAAUACACACUCCCAGAUGGAAGCACUUUAGAUAUUGGCCCAGCGCGGUUCAGAGCUCCAGAGCUUCUCUUCAGGCCCGAUCUGAUCGGAGACGAGAGUGAAGGCAUUCAUGAGGUGCUGGCUUUCGCUAUUCAGAAGUCAGACAUGGACCUGCGACGCACGCUCUUCUCAAACAUAGUGCUGUCUGGUGGCUCGACACUCCUGAAAGGAUUUGGAGAUAGGUUGUUAAGCGAAGUGAAGAAACUUGCACCCAAAGAUGUUAAAAUUAAGAUAUCAGCACCACAGGAGAGACUUUACUCCACAUGGAUAGGGGGAUCCAUCCUGGCUUCACUUGACACGUUUAAGAAAAUGUGGGUCUCCAAGAAGGAAUACGAGGAAGAUCGCGCCCGCGCCAUCCACCGGAAGACAUUUUGAACAGGGAUGAAGGGCACCAGUCUCCCUCAUCUCAGCGGUUUCACAUCCCUCUCUUUUCCUCGCUUGGCCUCGUUCUGUUCACUUUCCCCCCUCCACCUGUCCCGCCAAAGGAACCUUCCGGGCCUCCCAAUCGCAGCAAGGCAUGCCUUCAUUGUCCCCUGCCCGGCUUCUCGUUGGGACACCCGACUGGGACAGGGCUCGGUCAGGCAUCCCUCGCCCGUUCCGCACCCAUUUACGCCCAUCAAAUACCGAAACGCUUUUCAGGGCAUCAAUCAAUACUGUUAACUGUUGUUUGAUUUGAAGCCACUGCUUACCAUUCAGCGCUUAAAUAUUUAUUACACUAUUUACCCUGCCCUGUAUGAUAUUGUCAUAUCUAUUCUAAUGAAAAACAUGAAGGUGAAUGUUAUGUUGUAAGAAUUUUAUUCCAAACCAGAUUAGAUCGAUAACUUUCGUAUGUCGCAGUUGUCAAUGUAGAUGAGAUCGUGUGGAUAUCUUUAGUCAAAGUCAAAAUAGUAUUUUUAUUCUUAUUCAUUUGACUUUGCUGGUUAUUGUUUUCAGGGCGUUCAUGGCGAACACACACGAUAGAAAAAGCAAUCGUUCACCACUACAACGAUUCACUGUAACGGACACUACCGUGUUUACUGUUCCACUUUACCGUGUCCUUUCCCUUGACUGUCUCGAUGCUGAAACCCUUCUAGCUCAAGGGAAAUACACGGUGUGUACUAAAACAGGAAUUGCACGGGAUGUAGCUAGAUUUAUUGCUGCUUGAGAUGAUGACAAGUGUUAUUCUUAGCAUACAGUACAUUUUAACGUGGAAUCAUCGGUUUAUGCUAAGGGACGAGGGUUGGGCGGUUUACUGUUUUGUUGAUAUGUUGCUCUACGAGAAUUAUGUUUCUCAGCUUUAAAUUAGCCAACAUAACUUUUUCCCUACGUUAAAUGUCAAGUUCUCUCACAGAAAGCGAUGCAAACCCACUGAAUGUUUUAAUCCAUUUCCCAUAAAUCAUUGCUCUUAUAUUGUUCACUCAUCCAGCAGACCAGUUGACUGAGGUUUAAUGAAGUCAUCCAUUGAGCUUUUAAGAAUUGAUUAGGCUUCAUCGUUGUGGCGCUAUUCUACUGUAAAAUCACCCCCCAAAUCUGCAUUACUGCAUGAACGGAAUGACUGAGAUGUGUGUUUUUUCAAUGUUAUUCUAAACAAAAUGUGGGUAAAUAAGGGUCACCAAAUGGAAUUAGAAGCUUGCGGCUCUUUUGACACUAGAGUUUCUUUAGGGCUUGUGGAAAGAUCUGCUGUUUAAUGGGAUGUGGUGGCAGGGUUGCAUUCAAGUCCAAUUUGUUCAACCUAGGAUUCGCCUUACAGUGUCGUCAUUGGAAAACCAGAGCAUCUUGGUUGUAUUUUUUUUAUUCAUAAAAAAUCAUAAGCCUUGUGUACAGUGGAUUGCUAUUCAACAAUAUAAAAAACAAACAAAAAAUAAAUGACAAAAAGGACUAAAAUGUACAAACCUGUUUCUUCAGUCGUUGCUUUUUCUUUUAAUUUUGUAAAUUCAGUAUGAUAAAUAAAUUAAUGCUGUCUGAAA